AUGCAAAACAACAUUAAAAACAACAACAACAUUUACUAUUCAAAACAAUCAACAACAACAGCUAAACAAAUAUUUUUAGAAAGAUUAAUGAAAUUAGCAUCAGAAAAAGUGUCAGAUUUAUUUAAAAAUGAAAAAUUAAUUCAAGAACGUCGACAACUUUCAAAUUUAAUUGAUGAAUGUGUUUUAUUUGAAAGAGAAAUGUUAGAAAAUUUUGGUUAUUUGGAAGAAUCUGAAAUUCAUGUAAUUUCGACCCUCUGUAAUUUUGACAAAGUUUUGGAAGCUUGGAUAAGAUUGGAAAGGGAUACACUUUCUGCUGGAGUAGAUGCUAUUUUGGCUGAUAAUAAUGCUUAUGAACCUAGAUAUAAGGAAGCGGUUGAUGUUGAUCCGUAUUUGGUCCCCAACUUUGCCGAUUCUUUUGUAAUAUUAAUGCAAUCAAUGUCAGAACGUUAUCGUUCAAUUCCCGAUAUGAAAAUUCAAUGUCGUUUUCUUAAAUUACAACUUUUAAUAGUUGAUGAAUUUAGAAGUAGAAUUGUACGAAUUGGACAGGCAAAUAAUCAUAAUUGUUUUUGUACACCUUUUCCACAACUUUUAAAUGCUUUAUGGUAUUUAACUUUACUUCUUGAUGAUUGGAGUGAUUCACCCGAAUUUGUCCGUCUUCAAUUUUUCUUACAACAACACCAACAAACUAAUGGUUAUUUUAAAUCAGGGCUCGGAUUCGUACUUUAUUUGAAAGUACAGUACUUUAAAAUCGACCUCCGUACUUACGAAAUUGAAUUUGUACUUUAUUGA